UUUUAUCAUAAAUUACGAAAAAGGAAGAAACCUAAAUUUGGGUCGUCGUGAGAUAGGGGGGGGGAGAGGACUUGCCAGCCAUCUCAGGCAGAGAGAGAGAGAGAGAGAGAGAGAGAGCGAUAAAGUCUCGACAGUGAGAUCUUCACGCAAACUCUUUCGACUUUGGUUCUCUCUGAUAUUCUUAUUCUCUGCUCCAGAUCUGCAAUUCCCUCUUUCUUAAACUCAGAAAACUAACCCUGUACGCGAAGAAACCUUGUCUUCUUAUUCAAACAAUUUUUUUUUACCUUUCUGAUUUUAUUUCCUCCAAUUGUCAAAACCAAAAUAGUAUCUUUUUUUUUUAAAUUUGGAAAACUCUGAAUUUGAUGCCAAUUUGUCUGAAAAAGUUGGCUUUUUAUCUUAGCUUGUGACUGAAUGGGGUCAGGCGAAGGAGUGGCGACUUCUUCUCAUCAUACAGACAUGUCGAUCUCAGAUCUACAUGAAAAGCAUCGGCAAGAAAUGGAAAAUUUGACACUGACAAUGCAACCUUUCAAAACGAUGAAGUUUUUUGUUUAUGCUGUUCUUCAGUAUUUUAAGCGAUCAAUACUAUAUCUUUUGGCAAAGGGUGGUUGGCUUUUGCUUCUGAGUACUUUGACGAUUGCACUUCUGGUUCUGCUUAUGACAAUUGAUGGUCCUCAUGAAAAGUCAAUAAAGGUGUAUGGGUUGUUAAUGCAGCAUGUAGAAGAACUUAUGGAGUACCUCAGUUAUGGUUUAUGGUGGAUUGCACUCGGUGUUGCAUCUUCAAUUGGCCUUGGAUCUGGUCUGCACACUUUUGUUCUUUAUUUGGGCCCUCAUAUUGCCCUCUUUACUAUAAAAGCUGUACAGUGUGGCCGAGUUGAUUUAAAAAGUGCUCCAUACGAUACAAUACAGUUGAAGAGAGUUCCUUCAUGGCUUGAUAAAUCAUGCUCUGAAUUUGGGCCUCCAUUAUUUCUAUCCCGUGUCCCACUUAGCAGUAUAUUGCCACAGGUACAGAUAGAGGCCAUUCUAUGGGGUGUUGGGACUGCACUUGGAGAGCUCCCUCCUUAUUUUAUCUCAAGGGCAGCAAGUCUUUCUGGUAGCAAAUUGGGUAUGGAAGAAUUGGAUGUUUCCCCAUCUGAAGAUAGUGGAGUUAUAGCUACUCACCUGAAUCAGAUUAAACGUUGGCUCUUGUCACACUCACAACAUUUGAACUUCUUGACUAUUCUGGUUCUUGCUUCGGUCCCUAAUCCUCUUUUUGACCUGGCUGGUAUCAUGUGUGGACAAUUUGGAAUUCCCUUCUGGAAGUUUUUUCUUUCAACAAUGAUUGGGAAGGCACUGAUCAAAACUCACAUUCAGACAGUUUUUAUCAUCUGUGUCUGUAAUAACCAGCUUCUCGACUGGGUGGAGAAUGAGUUGAUCUGGGUACUCAGCUUUGUUCCUGGUUUUGCUUCUUUCCUGCCUCAGCUGACGGCCAAACUCCAUUUAGCAAAGGAGAAGUAUUUGGCACCCUCGCCUCCUGUGCUUCCGGAUAGCAAGGCAAAGAAGUGGGAUCUUUCCUUUGCGGCAAUCUGGAACACUGUUGUGUGGCUCAUGCUCUUGAAUUUCUUUGGCAAGAUUGUGACUGCAACUGCACAACGGUACCUUAAAAAACAGCAGGAGAAGGAGCUAGCUGCAUUGGCAAGUAAGUCAUCAACUUCAACACACACAGAUUAAUCUGAUGGAGUGCGAUUAUGCAGAGGCCAUAAUGUGCUUUCAUUUUCUUUUUUCUCUUUGUUACAUGUAGAAGUAGGGAAAGUAAAGGUGACAACACCCAAUGGUGAAAAUUGAAAAUUACCCUAAAAUUAUCUGAUCAGAAGUCCCUGUUAGAAGAUUGUAUAGAAAUAGGAAUAGGGUGGAUGAGAGAAGUUGCAGGUAACUUCAUCUAAUCUUCUGAUAAGGUUGGGGGAAGGAAGCCUAUAUUCUUUUUGCUCACACUGUUAAGUAUCCUUCACAUUACUUUGAAACAGGACAAAGUGUUGUUGACAUUGGGAAAUUAGAAGCCUAUAUUCUUUCGUAAUGCUCCAUAAAA